UGUAAGACAACUUACAAAUAAUAACCUAUAACCAAACGUAAUAGGUCGUAUACGCAGUGAAGACUACAAAUGGCUAAACACUUUUCGCUUUUAUUACUGUAAACAUCGCUACCGUCAGCGAACACUAGCGUCGUAAAAAAUGCAACAUGGCGACUGCAAUGACAGGACGUGGCAUGGCGUUUAUUAGGAAUAUACCUGGGAUGUUGAGCUCGAGGUUGCAGGUUUUGGGUGGCGGUCCCCAGCAGCUCUCAUGUCUCCACACCAGCACUUCACUGGAAUCAAAGGACUGGGAGAGGAGGAACCGGAAGGUGUUUCCACCUCAGCUACCGGAUGAUAUCCGCAGACCAGCAGAGAUCCAUCACAGCAGGAGGCAGAUUAAGUACAGCAAAGACAAGAUGUGGUACCUGGCCAAAAUGAUCCGAGGGAUGAGCAUCGAUGAAGCCAUUGCACAGCUGGAGUUCAAUGACAAGAAAGGGGCGAAGAUCAUGAAAGAGGUUCUUGAGGAAGCUCAGGAGAUGGCGGUCAAAAAUCACAACGUAGAGUACAGAUCCAACCUGUAUGUAGCCGAGUCCUACUCCGGCAAAGGGAAGUACCUGAAGCGCAUCCGUUACCACGGCCGCGGGAUGUUUGGCAUCAUGGACAAAGUUUACUGUCACUACUUUGUAAAGCUGGUAGAGGGCUCGCCGCCCAAAACGGAGGAGAAGACCGGCUUUGACCAGGCCAAGGAGUACGUCCAGAACCUCAAGAACCGAACCAUCAUCCACAGUCUGUAAUCUGUCCUGUGUGUGUGUGUGUGUGUGUGUGUGUGUUUUGACAUUUGUAAAUAAACAAAUGACCAACUGGAUAAUGAGACCUUUCUUCAUUUUUUGGUUAUUUUCAUUGUCUUGUACAUUAUUUUAAAAUAAUAUUGACUGCGGCCAGUGAUGAAGUUUUAAAUAAAGUGAUGAUUACUUCAGAAAGAGAUCAUAAAGGCCAACAGUGUUUAAGAAAGGGCAGUUACUUAUGUCAUUUUCUACAAUAAAAUCUAAUUGUAUCUGACGAAGACAUUACAUAGAAUGAGUUUAAGUAGAAUCUGUGCCUCCCUGGGAUGCAUUAAACAUAAUAUUUUACAAUCUGA